AUGAAGCUAUCCACGCUCUUUCUCACCUCUCACCUCCUUUGGAGCGCGAGCGCUUUUCUUGCUUACAAGGAGUACCUCGUAAAACAAUGGGUUGAAGAUGGUGGGUCCGAGGCUUGUGCCAAGGUCAUGUUGACAGAUAUCGACUGCGAUGCCAGUCUUGACGACGCAGGGAGCAGCGGUUGGCAAGGCUCGAUUGAGGAAGGCGACGAUUUCACCAUCACCGAUAGUAUCUGCGCCAAAAAGUGCGGUGACUCCCUCCAGAAAUGGGCCGCAUCCUUUGCCAAGUACUGCGAACCGGAAGGGAUGCGUGCGCCCAAUAUGGUGGAGGGUCGGAGACAGAUUUGCGACAAGGAUGCCAAGACAGGGAAAUACUGCAACGACAUUAUCGAUUCGUUCCCCGAGUUGGACGACGAUGAGAAACUUCCUGCCAAGUACCUCUGCGAGCCUUGUUAUGUCAGACGUCUCUGGGGAUUCGAUAUUAGCCAUUACAGCCCCGCCAACAGUUGGAUCAUAACCCAGCGUGAACGCAUGGAUGAGCUAUGUCCCAAGUCAGUGCUGGUUGAGAAAAAAGCGUCAACUAUUUUACAGCACCCGGCUACGACGGCACAGCCUUGGUUAGACUCCUCGCAAACUCCGAGCGAUCUCAGCAGUGAAGCUGAGACCACUUCAACUCCGGAGAGUACCACAACCGCAUCAUCAUCAACAACCACGGCAGUACCUUCUGCCACUGCUCCAUCAGAGAGUAACGCGGCUGAGAAGCUUGGACACGGUCAACUGAGAGGCCAUUGGUCGCUAUUGCUUGUUCUAGGGAUGAAUGCCUUUUAUCUCUGA